GUUUCCGUGGCUUGCUCUGCCUGGUUGCGAGAGAAUAAGAAAUAUAUAUAGCAAUGCGGUGUAUCGAUAUCAUUUUUGGCGUCUGCUCCUCUCUGCAAACUUUGCAGUGAAAGGAAUAGACUGCGGUCACUGGAGGACACGCGCACAUGCAUACACUCUGUUCCCUUUGGCGUCAGGUCACUGCUGUUGUUUUUGAACUGACUGGAAGAAGAGGAAAUGGCAGUGUCUUCCCUGAUUUGCUCUGAAACUAUAAGCAGGGUCAGCUCAGUCCUCAACCGAGAGGUGAAGCAAUUUGGGAAGAAACACAUGUUUGAUGGAAACGAGGAAACCAGUUGGAACUCGGACCAGGGGGCCACCCAGUGGCUGACAGUGGGAUUUCCUCAGAUGGUCCAGGCGUCUCAAAUUCAGAUUCAGUUCCAGGGUGGGUUUGCGAGCCGAAAAUGCAUUCUGCAAGGUGGCCAGAAAGGAGGCAAUCUUUCCACCGUUGCUGAAUUCUACCCUGAAGAUAACAACUCUCUCCAAAGCUUCCCGUUCAAAGCAGAACCACUGGAUAGACUGAAAAUUACUUUCCAAAACAGCUCAGAUUUCUUUGGGAGGAUUAUCGUCUACCAUCUCGACAUCCUUGGGCAGAAGCUUUGACAGAGGAGAAAGCAAGAGCUGAAGGAUUUGUCAGGGAUGGGGAUGGCAGACUGAAUACCAGCCUGGGACUUCCGCGAUGGUGUGAAUUGGAAUUGGCUGAUUUUGAAAGCCAAGCUGCUUUCUGUUGGGCGGUUUGAUAGCAAAGGAACUUCCUUCCCAUCUCCC